GGAAAUGUCUUGUGAACCCCAUCGACCCGUAUUACAUUGCUGGGUUUAAGACCGACUACAGUGUAGAGUACGUACAGAGACCUCUGAUCAUUCCCGCUUUGGAGAUCUGUACGCCAGAAGUGAUAGACUUCCUAAUACAGUUUGGAGCUGAUCUGGGGAAACACUAUGAGGCAACCGCCCCCUGUGGACCUGCAGCAUUCUGGGCAUUUAGAGACGACAUUGACAGUCGUAACACCCUGGUUGUGGCACAGCGGGCAGACGUCACACAUCUGAGGGACGAGCGAGGGGCCACCAUGUUGCAUCUGGCCGUCAAGCGGAAGAACAAACAUCUCAAAGAAGAAAUCGUCCGCGUUCUUCUUGAGCGGGAUAUUAACAUUGCUGCCCGUGACAUUGAUGGCCUGACAGCAAGAGACUAUCUAGAGAAAUAUGGAGUAGAAAACGCUGAAUCCCUGAGAAGCAUCAUCGAUGAGUUUGUGAUAUAUUUUGUUACUGACGAUCAGAUUGAGAAAGUAGAGCAGCUAAUCCUGGAGGGGUACGACCAUAUACUAGAUAUCCAAGGAGUAACGAAGAAAGGAAGAAGAAUGCACACAAGGGAACUGGCCGAAAUGAAGCAGUUAAAAGACAUGAUAAAACUACUAGAUGAAAUCCCUGAGUAUGAGCGAGAAAUCAAAGUGAUGCACUCAGCUAUUGAAAACGCCGACAUCAAGACUAUUUCCAAGAAAGCUCAAGAAAAAAGGAUAGCAUGGGGGACAGACAGGGGCGGAAGAUCACUAAUGCAUAAAGCCAUUGUAUACGAACAACCAAACGUUGUGGAUUUCCUGUCACAGCAGUUUCCAAACAUGGUUUACAUGAAGGAUAACCUACUACGCACGCCCCUCCACUAUUGUGCUAGCCUGAAAGACAAGAAGAAAACCUACGGAAAGAUUUGGUCCAUCCUCAGUCCUGCCGGAGGACACAACAAUCUAGAAGCCAACAAUCUGACAGUUCAUGAUUACCUUCGAGAAAUGGAAAAGGAAACCCCAAAGAAAGAAAAACCAAGAGGAAGGCAAUUUUAUGACUACAAGGUUCGAGAUUUAGUCCAAGUUGAAAGACAAAGACAGUACUUUGACAUGACCACCCUCACGCGAAGUCAAGAACAGGCAGUUUCAUAAAACAAUGCCCAAGGAAGAUACUAUAAAUUUAGACUUUAGAAAUAUGAAAGAAAAUGAUAUAUUUUAAGUCUGGAUGUUAUCCUAAAUGCGACCAGGCCCCAUGCAUUAUCUGUCUCAUGAAAUAACACCUGAUCCAGGUACAAUCGCAAGGGAAGAAUUGCAAAUGUGGACUGCGGUUCAGUUUAAAAUAAUUCUUAAAAAUAUACAUUUGUGCCAAUUUUUAAUUGUAUCUUUUCUACUUUUAUCAAAUCAACGUGUACAAGUUUAUAAACCAGUAACUAGUUGUGAUGAUGGUGGUAAUGAUGAUGAUAUAUCGUUGGACAUUAAUUGAUCACAUCGUCCAAUGAAGAAGAACCAUGAGAAGGGAUUGAUAGACUGGAUGUCUAACACUGUCUGGCGAUAUAUAUAUAUAUCGACACAACCUUCACUAAAUGCAAGGCGAUGACUGUUUGAAAUCUUCUUGUAAAACUACUAAAUAAACCCCAACCAGGAAUUUAUUUGUCAAUAGUAAAUCUUAAUAAAAUGAUUAAAAUUGCU